UAAACCACCUUAGUCGUCGUUAAACAAAUAUUCUUUAAUAGGUAGGUACCUACUAGUAAUUCCAAUAGUCAUUAUUAGAUCCGAGUAUUUCUUAUAAUACUGCAGCUGAAUUCACGAAUUGUUCUGAACGUUUCUGUAUGUCAGUAACUUAGUGACACAUUUUCUACUAAACUAAACGUCUAAACGGCAUUUAUUAAGUGAAAUUACACAAUACAUAUAGUAUUCUAUUGCAACAGUUAUGGUUCAAUUCAAUAAUGUUCCAUUAGUGAACCAGGUUGGAUAUAUAGAAGUCAAUACUGCAUUUCAAAACGAUAUAUCUCCUCUAAAAGUAGAUCUUAUCUAUGGAACUUUCAGAUCGGAAGAUGGUAGUCUAUAUAUGUUACCUGUGGUUAAGAAAGCAGAAAACAUGGUUGUAAAUGAUACUUCGAGUCACAAUUACUUAUCACCUACAGGAAUUGAAGGUUUUACAAAAUUAGCAUGCAAGCUAUUGUUAGGAGAUAUUGAAAAACAGUGGAAAGACGGAAUGAUAUUUGGUGUUCAAUGUGUUGGUGGAACAGGUGCUAUAAAAAUAGGUGCUGAAUUUUUAUCGCGGCAUAUGAAUUGCACAACUCUUUAUUAUCCUAAUCCAUCAUGGGAAAUGCAUGGAACUGUGUUCUCGUUUAGUGGAUUUCAAAACAUACUCCAAUACCGUUAUCUGAAUAGGGAAACUAAAUUAAUUGAUUUUGAAGGAUUUUGUGAGGACAUUUCUAAUGCUCCGAUCGACUCGGUCAUAAUAUUGCAUGCAUGUGGUCAUAAUCCAACUGGUUUAGACCUUACUAAAGAACAAUGGAAAAUUAUUGCUGAAAUAAUGAAAGAACGUCAAUUGAUACCAUUCUUUGACAUCGCGUAUCAAGGAAUGGCGUCUGGAGAUAUUGAAGAAGACACCUGGGCUAUUCGUCAUUUCCAUAAAGAAGGGUUUGAAUUUCUCUGCGCACAAUCAUUUUCCAAGAUGUUUACUAUGUACAACGAACGAGUUGGUAAUUUGAUGGUUGUACUAAAAUCUGGUCAUAACAUUGAUAGUCUUAAAGUCCACUUCGAAAAAAUCGUUAGAAGUAUCUAUUCAAAUCCUCCAAACCAUGGUGCCAGGACCGUUUUAAAAAUAUUAUCCGAUCCUGAACUAUACGACGAAUGGUCAAGCAGUUUCAAAGCUAUGGUUAAUCGAAGUAUAGAAAUAAGAAAAGCUUUCCGAAAAGCUCUCGAGGAAGAAUGCGCUCCUAGAAAAUGGAACCAUGUAACAGAUCAAAAGGGCAUGUUUAUAAUGUUACAUUUGACAAAUAGUCAAGUGGAAUAUUUAAGACAUUUUCAUCACAUUUAUCUGAUAGAUUAUGGGCGGAUAAAUGUUACUGGACUGAAUUUCACAAACAUUAGUUAUGUUGCUAAAGCAAUUAAUGAUACAUUAAGGAAAAACAUAUAAUCUUCCACUAUGUAGUAUGCCAUUCACCUAAUUCACAAGCUACUACUAUAAUCUACCUGUCUUUUAACUUCUUUUGAUUGAUAAAAUCUUAAUAUUUUAUAUAAUAUACAUGUAGAAUAUUUAUGACUCGGAUUAUACAGAAAUCUCAUUAUA